AUGGCAUUAAAGAACUACAUGGAUGUUCAGUAUUAUGGUGAGAUUGGUAUUGGAACUCCCUCUCGAAAGUUCACUGUGAUCUUUGAUACUGGAAGUUCUGAUGUAUGGGUGCCUUCUUCAAAGUGCUACUUUUCAGUGAAUUUUGACUUUUCUAAUUCAAGAUUUCUCUCAAUCUAUAACUUCAAUCAUGUGCUUAUAAUUCUUGAUAUGGAUACAGGGACAUCUGCUGCUAUUCAAUAUGGAACUGGAGCUAUCUCUGGUAUCUUUAGCCAAGACUUUGUCCAACUUGGUGAUCUUAUUGUUAAAGAACACUUUGAUAUGGGCGAUGUCCUUAUUGGAGAUACAACUACUCGUAAUCUCAUGCUAUUCUUGUUUUCAAUUUCAGGAUUUUGCAGUGAUGGUUGUGUAACAAUUACGGAUUCUGGAACCUCUUUGUUGGCAACUCCAAUGGAAGCAUUUGAGAAGGGCAAUGAUGUCCAUAUGCAAGCUACUCCUUCACAAGUUGAAUUGUUGUAUAAGAAUUUUAAAGUGAACAAAGAGAAGCUAAAAUCUGAAGUGAAGGAGAAGUUGAAUAUGAUCGUGCUGGAAGAAUCAUCAAAGGCCAACAUUGCUUCCAACAAAGACCCUGAAUCUAGCAAAAAGCAUGAAGACAUCAAGCAACCAAGUCUCCUUCCAUCGCAUGAAAAACUAAGUGCAAAAUUGGUUCUCUCAAUUCCAUGGGAUUGA